CAAAGAAGCAAAAGUUGAAAAGGAAUGCUGUUCCCACAUUAUUGUGUGCUAAUUCUAUAUUACAAGCUGAUUUGGAAUUAUAUAAGUGUCAACAUUUUCCACAUGUAAAGGAGCAACUUGAAAUACCCACUACUUCUAAGAGCCUUAAUUUUGAAGGUACUGAUAAUCUGGAAGAGAGACUUGAUCCUAAAACUACUGAUACAGAGGAGUUAUCUAUUGUUGGUCAUGAUAACAAUUACACAAAGGAAUGUGGUUAUAAAGUUGUUUGUCCUGAAAUUUCAGUUGAGAUUUGUGGAGAGGAAAGGAUGGAUAUUUUAGUUGAAAGUGUAGCUGGUGCAAGUGACGGGCAACCAGAAAUACCUACUACUUCAAGGAGCUUGAAUUUUAAGGGGAGACUCGAGCCUGAAAGUACCGAUUCAAGGGAGUUUUCCACGUCAUUAAUUGUUGGUCAUGAUCACAACUAUGCUACACGAUCUGCUUAUGAAGUAGUUGCUUCUGAGACAAGUGAUGGGCAACUGGAAAUACCUGCUACUUCAAAGAGCUUGAAGCCUGAAAGUACUGAAUCAAGGGAGUUUUCCACCUCAUUAAUUGUUGGUCACGAUCAUAAUUAUGCUACACAAUGUGCCUAUGAUGUUGUCGCUCCUGAGAUUACAGCUGAGAUUUGUGGAGAGGAAAUCAUGGAUAUUUUAGUUGAAAAUGUAUCUGGUACAUGUGACGGGCAACUGGAAAUACCUACUACUUCAAGGAGCUUGAAUUUUGAAGAGAGACUCGAGCCUGAAAGAACUGAUACAAGGGAGUUUUCCACCUCAUUAAUUGAUGGUCAUGAUUCCAAUUAUGCUUCACAAUCUGCUCAUGAUGUUGUCGUUUCUGAGACCUCAGUGGAAAUUCAUGCAGAGCAAACCAUAAACAUUGAUGAGUAUGUUCCUCAAAAGAGAAUUAGCAAGAAAUGUUGUGUUGUUCAGUGUUAUAAUAAUAACACUACACAUACUAUGUUUUCAUUUCCUAGAGUUGUUCGAUCAAACAAUGGUAAAAGUUGUAUUGACGAUGUUUGGAUGCAAAGAUGUCAACAAUAUAUGAAGUUUUGUGGGAAUGACAAAAUAUUUUCUAAAGAUGUGUCUUUAUUACAUAAAUAUUUCUUUAUUUGUGAUGGUCAUUUUAAGAAAAGUGAUUACCAUUCUAUAAGUGGAAGGAAAUAUUUAAGUAAAAUUGCUAUUCCUUCUCUGUUACCUCCUCCUGAGUUUUUGCCUGAAAGUACAGUUUUGGCUUUUUGUCAGUCCAAUAGUACGGUGGUUGAGAGUUGUUCAAGUGAUGUUCAAGGAGCACUUGGCAGUGAACAACUUGAGUUGAGAGGAGAAUCUUCUGAUAAAUAUGCUGAUUUGAAGUCACCAAGGAGUCGAAACAUAGCCCAGAGAUUUGUUAAUUUAGUGAAGUCAUUUAAAGUUAAAUAUUGUUCUGUUUGCAAGGAGAAAUAUGUUUACCAUCCUGGUUUGAAACGUGCUCAUCGUAGUCCUGAACAUUGCAAAAAGUUUUCUUCUGUGAACAACAUGGAUCCGCUUGAAGUCCCAGAUGAGCUGAAAGAUUUAACUUAUGUUGAAGAGAUGUUGAUUGCUCGUAUUCAUCCUGUCUUGAGUGUGUUUAAACUUAAAGGUUUGCAGUAUGGUUACCGUGGAAAUGUUAUCAACUUUAGCCAAGAUGUGGAUGAAUUUGCUAAAGAACUACCUCAUUCCAUAGAUGAUCUACGUUCAGUCAUAACUGUGAAGUUUGCUAAUAGAAGAUGUGAAAAAACAACAGAUUUUCGUGUGAGAGUAGGUAAAGUACGAUCAGCUUUACUUUGGUUGAAAGCAAAUAAUCCAUAUUAUGAAAACACUGAAUUAUCAGAAGAAAACCUUGAGCUGUUACCAGAAGAUGGCAAUGUAUAUGACAGAGUUUUAAGUAUGUCUAUCGGUGAGACUUGUGAGUCUGAGGAAGAUGAAGUUGAAAUAGCAGAUUCUGAUAAAGAAUUUAGUGGUUCUGAUAGUGAGUCUGAGAUAACUGAAGUAAAUUCUUCUGGAGUACCUUUUUCUUGUGUUCAGAACCAAAAUGAUCAGAUCAAUUCAGCAUUGAAAUGGCCUGACAUGGGGAAAGAUCCAGUCAGUGAGUACAUACCAGGACUGUUUGCGUGUUCUUUUCCUACCCUUUUUCCUUAUGGGAACUGUGACUUCAGAGAUCAUCGUGAAAGAAAAGUCCACCUUCACGAAUAUAUUAAACAUUUAUUAUCCUAUGGUGAUGAUCGAUUCGCUAAGCAUAAAACAUUUCGGUUUUUUGCAUUUAAUAUGUGGAUGAGACAUACAGCUCUGACUCAGGGAAAUUUAUUUGUGAGCAAAGAUGAUGCAGUUUCUAAAAUGAAUGUUGAAGAGCUAAAGGAACGCAUUGAGUCAGACAGGACUAUUUUGAAAAAAGUUAUGUUUAUGGGGUCCAAUCUAAGAGGAUCAAAAUCCUAUUGGAAAAGUCGAUGUGGAGAGUUGCGAGACAUGGUCGAACAGCUUGGUCUUCCAACCAUAUUUCUGACUAUGAGUGCAGCUGACCUUUACUGGCCAGAUCUUUUUCGGUUGUUAACUGGUAAAGAUAUAGCUGAUAUUAGAAUGCACGAAAGGAGGAGACUUCUUCAAGAGAAUCCAUCUUUAGUUGAUAUGUUUUUCCAGUUUAGAGUUGAGUGUUAUAUUGAGAAUGUUUUGGAACCAAAAUUUGGUGUAACAGAUUAUUGGUACCGAAUCGAGUAUCAGCAUAGGGGAAGUCCACAUUUACAUGGCUUGUUCUGGCUUAAAAAUGCUCCUGAUAUUGCUAAGUACACUGAUGCAAAUGAAGAUGAGAAGAAAAGAAUAACUAAAUUUUUUGAUGAUUUAGUGACUGCUGUUGAUCCUGAACCAGACUGUGCACUUCCUGAGAAACAUUCUUGUGAAGUUUUGUAUGAAGAUGUGGAAAAUGUUGAAACUGAUCUAGCUCAAUUGUUGAAAAAAGUUCAAAGGCACAGUUGUUCUCGUGCUUAUUGCAAACGAUUUGACAAGAAUUCUCAAAAGACAAUUUGCAGAUUUCAUUUUCCUGUUGAUCUUAAGCCAUAUUCAGAGUUAAAACUGAAUACAGAUACUAAUGAAAUUGAAUUUUUUCCUGAAAGAAAUGAUACUCAAUUGAAUAAGUUUAACCCAUUUAUAAUUUCAACUUGGAGGGCAAAUAUAGAUGUUGCCCCAGUGUUAUCUAAAAAGGCUGUGAUAAAUUAUUUGACUAAGUAUGUGUCCAAAAGUGAAGUGAGAUCAACAACACUGAAAGAAAUAUGUUCUAGUGUGUGUGCAACUUUAGGUAGCAAUGACAAAGCCAAACGAGCUAUUCAAAGCAUCUUAAUUAAAAAUUGUGUUGAAAGAGAUGUGUCAGCCCAAGAGGUGUGCCAUAUUCUUAAUGGUUGCAAGCUUUUUUCUGCUGGUGGACGCAAGUUUGUAGUAGUAUAUACAAAUGAAAGUAAAUGGAUUCCUGUUGGAGGAAAUGGAACUGAGUCAGAUUGUCAUAGUUUGGAAGAAUCUGGUGAUGAUUAUUGUGAUAAUCCUGAUGAUAAUGCACCAAGUAAUUUCAAAGGAAAAUCUUUUAUGGAGAAGUAUGCAUGUCGACCUAAACAUAUGGAGUCAUUGUCUAUGUGGAAAGUCGCUAAAUAUUACAAUGUAAACACUUGGGCAAAAUGUCAAAAGCAUAAUAUUGUGCGGAUUUUUCCCCGCUUGAAGUUAAGCAGUGACGAAUCUAAAAAUGAAGAAUAUUAUAGACAACAGCUUUUGUUACAUGUUAAAUGGAAUGAAAUGAAUGAUCUGAGAGAGGGCGAAGAAACAUGGAAGGAUGCAUAUGUGAGGCAUGGACUUGGUCAGAGCCAAGAGGCAGAAUUAAGUCUGUAUUUGGAUCGAAAUCUUGAUGGAAUUGAUGACCAUGAGGUUGAAGAAGAAAACCAUGAUUUAUUAAAUUCAAAUCAAGAGGACUGGAUGAUUGCAUCUAAACUUAACCCUAAUGGUGGUGUGUUAGAGACUGUUAAACUUGGUCGAAGAGAGGUUGAUGUUGCAUUUGACUGGAGUUCAACUUCAUCAAAGUAUGAAUCUUAUGGUGACCUUACCUAUCUUUCUAAUUUUAUUGAAAAUCAAAAGAAAAACAGUACAGAACAGGAGAUUGCACAUGAUCUUCCUGAUGUUAUAUUCACUGAGCAACAGAAUGCUGUUAAACAAUGUAUGGAGAGUCAAGUUCAAGCUCUCCUUAAUGGAAGUGAACCAGUAGUAAAAAGAGUUUUGGUCCAAGGUAAAGCUGGUACAGGCAAGAGUUUGUUGAUUAAAUUUUUAACUGACAAACUACUAAAGGAAUUUGGUGAUGGGUCAUUCCUCUUGAUGGGCCCAACUGGUGUUGCAGCUAUUAAUAUUGGAGGUUCAACAAUUCACUCUGCUUUAAACAUCAAUCCCAAAGUAUCAUUUUAUAAAGAAUUGCAAGGUGAAGCAGCUAAAGCUUUUUGUGAAAAAUUAAGCAACGUUAAAUUUGUUGUAAUUGAUGAGUAUUCAAUGAUAUCAUGCUCAUUAUUUGCGUUGGCAGAGAAGAGGUUACGUGAAGCAACUGGCAUUAAUGAGCCAUUUGGGAAUUUGUGUGUUUAUUGUUUGGUGAUUACAAACAGCUCCCUCCAGUUUUUGGACCUCCUUUAUUUGGAGGUGUGUGCAAAACUGAGCUUGAUUUGCAUGGGAGAAAUAUGUUUAAUUUAUUUCAAUCUUAUUUUGUCUUGGAAAAAGUGCAUCGUCAGAAAGAUGAAGAAUUUUUGAAUAUCUUGGAAAGAAUUAGUAAUGGUGAGACGACUGUUGCUGACUAUGAAGUGUUAAAGAAGAGAUUUACCAUGAAUGUAACUCGUAGCAUUGAAAAAAAUUUUGAAAAUGCCAUUAGAUUAUUUUCAACUAAGA